AAGGAGGAGGGACAACGCCCGUUGACGAGUCACCAAAAAAUGUGUACAAGUGUUUGUUUAAUCAUCAAUGGGUGUUGUUUCAUUAUUAUGAGUUAGAACUAUAUUUUAUAACUCGAAUAUUAAAUAUUUUUUAAAUUUAAUUAUUAAUUUUUUCAUAUUUAAGAUAUUUAUAAUUUUAGCUCGAGUAUUACAAUGAAAGUGAUUAUUUUAUUUUUUUUCGUAACAUCCACACAAGGUCAAUACCUCAACAACUAUGAUUCAAAGAACAAGAAUAAUCAAAACUACAACUAUAACACGAAUUCAAAUAAUUUUGACAGCUUUUACCCCAACCUUGAUCCCUCAAUACUAAGCCCCAACCGAUCUGUCAACGCUGUCAACACUGGCGUCAAUCGAAAUAAUACUUUGGUCUUCUGUACAACCUCCAAAGCAGAAUAUGCAAAAUGUAACGCCUUCUCUGUGGCAGUCGAUCGAGAGAUCGGUCAAUUCGGCCGUCACUACGUUGCGGUAAGCUGUUACGCAGCUUCUAAGAAAGAAGAAUGCAUGACUCUUCUGGACUAUGAGACCGUACACUUGACAACAUUGGACGCUGGAGAAGUGUUCAUCGCUGGUCGCUACCACAGUUUAGUCCCAAUAAUGCAGGAAGUAGAUCUGAAUCGCCUUCAGAUCCAAUAUGCUGUCGCGGUGAUCAAGAAAGGGACUUUAAGUGACGUCUCAUCCCUGCAUGAUCUUCGAGGCAAAAAAGCCUGCUUUGCCGGAACCGAGACUUUAGCUGGUUGGAUAAUUCCUCUUCACACGUUGAUGAAGCACGGUGGUCUCGAAGUAAUCGACUGCAACAAUCACGUCAAAUCAACGAUAAACUAUUUCGGACCUUCAUGCGCAGUCAACUCCCUGGUCGAUCGCUACAACCCAUUGGGUGACAAUUCGGACCAACUUUGCAAGCUUUGUAUCGGAGAAAUUCCUGGAGGAAGAUGUACCAACGCAGAUCCUUAUGCUGGGUACGAAGGAGCCUUCAGAUGUUUGAUCGAAGCUGGUGAAAUAGCUUUCUUAUUGCACUCUACAAUUGACGAAGUUUUGACUUCAAAUUUUAAUUACAACUCCGUAAAAAAAUCUGACUUCGAACUCCUGUGUCCGGAUGGCAGCCGCUCGGAUAUUGAUAAUUAUCGGAACUGUCACUGGGAUCAGGUUCCUACGCGUGCAAUCGUGGUCUCCAGUGCAAUAAAACUAGAAACCAGGCGAUUAUACCAGAAGUUCUUUGAAAAAGCUGCUAAAUUAUUCAGCAGGGGCUUCGUUGCCAAUUCAACCCGAACUGGAGAUAACUUACCCAGUGGAAAUGAUCGAUUUGAUAACCGGUUCAAUAAUAAUAAUUACAAUAACGAAGGAUACGGAGUGUUUGGAAAUGAAACAAACCGAGGAUUUCGUGACGAGAAUGGAGAGCAAGUGAAUUCAAAUUCAAAUUAUGAUACCAACAGUAACAGCAACUGGAACGACCCGUUGGCAGUCAGGCCGUUGGAGGUCUUCGAUUUAUUCGAAAGCGCUCCUAAAUUUGGAAACACUCAUAAUCUAUUGUUUUCGGAUAGUGCAAGAGAUUUCAUAUCAUUGCCCGAAAAGGACCAGACUUAUGCGUCUUAUUUGGGAAAGAAAUCCGAAGAUGCUAUUCUGGGAGUGAGGAGCUGCCCGAUCGAGAGGAUGAAACUUUGUGUCACUUCGAAGCCUGAAAUUGAUAAGUGUGUUAAGAUGAAGGUUGCGAUGAAGGCGCAGUUGUUAAAACCGGAGCUUGACUGCGUUCUUCAACACAGUCAGAUCAAAUGCAUGCAAGCUAUUGAGAAUGGCAUUGCAGAUGUUGCGGUUCUCGAUGCCGGGGAUGUCUACACAGCCGGUUUGAUGUACAAUCUAGUGCCUUUUAUGGCCGAAGUCUACAACUUACCAACCCCCGAGUACUACGUGGUAGCAGUAGCCAAAGAAAACGAUCCAAGCACUGACAUAACUUACUUGAAAAACAAAUAUACCUGCCACACGGGAAUCAACACUGCCGCCGGUUGGAUCUACCCCUUAGCCUACAUGAUCUCCAACCAAUGGAUCCGUGGAUACGGAUGCGAUUCAAUCCGCGCAGCCGCUGAGUACUUCACCAAGUCUUGCGUACCUGGUGCGUUGAGUACAGAGUACAACAUCGGAGUGCCCUAUGACAACAUGUGUGAUCUCUGCCAUGGAUUGAGUUCCCAUUACUGCCGUCGUGACGCAACUGAAGACUAUUUUGGUCACACUGGUGCUCUUCGGUGUCUAGUAGAAGGUGGUGGAGAAGUUGCAUUCGUAAAACAUACCACAGUAUUCGAGAAUACUGAUGGCAAACGCAAGGAGUUCUGGGCCCGAAACACUUUUACAAAGGACUUUGAACUCCUCUGUCCAGAUGGUACACGAAAGACAACGUUGGAGUAUGAGACCUGUAAUCUGGGCAAGGUCAAAUCCAACGCCAUUGUAGCACGGGGUGGAGAGUAUGGCUUCAAUCAUACCGAGAUUAAUGCGUACAUCAACUUGUUUGUAUACGCCCAGCAGUUCUACGGACGCAAGGAAGCUGAUGAGUUCAGCUUCAGCAUGUUUUCCAGCAUUCCACCCUAUACGGAUCUUAUAUUCCAAGAUGCCACGCAGCAGUUAGUUAUCAUUCCUAGUGAAAUGAGAGAGUUCAGUAGGUAUUUAGGACCAGAUUUCAUGCGUGCUAGGAGAAUUGUCGACUGUGCUGCCGGUGCCAGUACUAUUGAGUACUCGAUACUCGCUUUAUUGAGCGUUGGAGUAGCUUUACUUCUUAGUAGAUAGACUUUUUAGUGUUCAAGGGGACAGGUAGAGAGAACUCAAGCCGUUAUCAGAAAUCCUGAGGUUAAAAUUGUUUUGAUAUCGUGCACGGAGAGAAAUGUUUCGUAAAUACUCCUAUUGUGAUAAAAAAGUUUAGUAAAUACUACUUUGCUAUCUAGUACUAAGUCCACGAGAAAAAUAAGGAUCUGAAAUUUUACUAUAUUGUAUGGUGAGAUUUACGUUACGGAUAGGAAGGGCUCCUGUGUUGCCAAGAGAUUAUUUUUAAGUAAAGUUUAUGUUGCUUUAUGUAGAUUUACCUUCCCUGUAUGAGAGUAGUUUCCUAAACAGCACGGUAAGAAUUACUGUGCUGAGUAGCUGCUAUCUCUCUGCAGUGACGCCAGCGCUGCUAAGCAGUCAUAAGUCGUAGCUAUGGCGGUGAAUUACUCAAGACAAUUCUUCGACGAUACUCCCCACUUUUUUAAAAUUUUUAAUGAUCAUGAAUUUUUAUAACUAUUUUAGAAACUUCAUUUAUUAAUUAAAAAAAAAUUCGAGCAAUAAUUUAAAAAAUAAAAACGUAAUUAUAAAUUCACCGGGAUAUAUAUUUUUAAAAAAUUACUUAUAGUUUUUUUACGUUAUCUGUUUAACAAAAUUCGUUAAAUAAAUUUCGGUAAAAUCUUUAUUUCAAGAUAAUAAGUCGAAAUGUCAAAUAUUUUAAGCUACAAUUUUUUUAUUAAAUUUCGUGAAACAGGUGAUUCGAAAUAACUGUGAGUUAUUUUUUUAAAUCUAUAUAUCCUGACGAGAAUGUAAAUAUCUUGCCUUUUUUUAAAUUAAUGUUUUAAUUUCUUAGUUAAAAUUGAUACAGUUAUUAGGUUACGAGUAUUAUGAGUUAUUACUCAAUAAAAUAAAACUUACAACUUAUCACAACAGACACGGAUACUUUUUUAAAUGUUCAAAUACUCUAGAGCAGCACAGUAAUAUUUACUGUGCUCGUACAGACAUUUUCACAGUAUAUUGGAAGCGCCAUCAAACACAAAUUUUCAUUACUAUAUCGCAUACAUGGAGAGAAAUGUAUGGUAAUAAUUUCAAUAUAUUAUGGGAAUGGUUCCCAUAAUGAAUGGUAACCGGUUUUCUUGAAAUGUUAAUUAUAGCAACGGCACCCAUAUAUUGUAGUUAUCAUUACUAUAAUAUUAUAGUAAUCGUUACCAUAAUAUUAUGGUAACCAUUACUACAUCAUUAUGGUAACCAUUACCAUAACAUUAUGGUAACUAUCACCAUAUAUAUGGUAACCAUUACCAUAAUAUCAUAAUAAUCGUCACCAUAAUAUUAUGGUAACCAUGACCAUAAUAUAUAGUAAUGGUUACCAUACAUUAUAGCAAUGGUUACCAUACAUUAUGGUAAUGAUUACGAUAAUAUUAUGGUAACGGUUACCAUGUAUUAUGGUAACCAUUACCAUAAUAUUAUAGUAACGUUUACUAUAGUAUUAUGGGAACGAUUACCAUAAUAUUAUGGUAAUCAUUACCAUAAUAUUAUGGUAAUCAUUACCAUAAUAUUAUCGUAAUCAUUACCAUAAUUCUUUCACAUGCGAUAUGGGAACUGUUACCAUGAUUAUAGGAAUUAUUCCCAUACUUAUGGGAACUUUUACCCGAAAGUAUGGGCCUAUGUCCCAUAAUUCCAAGUAAUCUUUACCAUAACGGCAUGGAAUGAUAUUUCAUAAACGUACUAGGAACGGUUACCAUAAAUUUCUCUCCGUGUAGGAAUUAUUACUAGGCUGUUUAAAGUACAUCACCAAGACUGUUUUCAUCGCAACAGGAAUAUUUACGGUACAUUUCUCUCGGUGUGCCUAGAUGCUGAAAUUGAAUUCUAGUUGUUUUCUUGGGAAAUAUUUCGGCUAGAGAUUUUGACCAGGGCUGAAAAAUUUCUAUGAAUAUUCCUUCAUAAAAAGGACCGAAAAAACGAAAUCACUUUACUCUUAUUAGUUAGAAAACUGCCGGAAGUAAGAAAAACAAUCCGUCCCCGCAAUGUUUUUUAUAGAAAUAUUAUAAGAUUUUUUUUAUAGCCUCCUUUAAAUUCUAAGACUCGUCCAUGUAAAUAAUAAAAGUACAAGUAGUAUAGAAAACGUACAACGUAAGUGGGGUAAAAUGAGCCAUAGAAAUUUUUUAUUGAUGUUAUGAUAUAUUGUUUUUAAAAUAAUGAGAUGAUAUUUUAUUAAUUUUUGAAUAUUUAUAGUGUUCAUUUUACCUCACUUUAAUUAAUAUUAUAAUGAUUUUGUAUUAAUUUUACACUCUUUAAAAUGAGAGCCAAAAUUUUCAAUCCGUCCAUUGAAAAAAUUUUUUACUAAUUUAAAUAUAAAUUUUUAUAAUUAUUACUUUUUAUAAUAUUGUUUAUAAAACCGUACAAUUAAUUAUCAUUAAUGUUAGACAAAAUAUAUAAAAGUAUUUAUAAAUAAUGAACAAAUGUACUCAUAAAUGC